CUUGAUGUGGCACGGAUUUUUUGAACACAUGUUUGAAUUCCUAUAAGUAAGAAAGUAAAAAAUAAAAAACACUUCUCCAUCCAAAGUAUCCAAAAAUGACGACUAUAGACCGCAAAGGUACCUUUAAGGUUGAAUACCUGCAGGAAAUUGAGAAAGAUGUUCAAAAACGAUGGGAAGAAGAAAAGAUCUUUGAAAUGGAGACACCAACGGAUGGGAAAGAACACGAAAAAUUUAUGUGUACAUUUCCUUAUCCCUAUAUGAAUGGGCGUUUACAUUUGGGACACACAUUUUCACUCUCUAAAUGCGAGUUUGCAACAAGAUAUUACAGGCUUAAAGGGAGAAUGGUGCUUUUUCCCUUUGGUUUCCAUUGCACUGGCAUGCCUAUAAAGGCAUGUGCGGAUAAGUUGAAACGAGAAAUGGCUACAUAUGGUUGCCCUCCUAUUUUUCCUGAUGAUCAAGAAACAAUUACAAAAGAUGAAGGUGAUAUUGUUCCUAAAGAUAAAAGUAAGGGUAAGAAAAGUAAAGCUGUUGCCAAGACAGGAGCUGCUAAAUUUCAGUGGCAGAUUAUGCAAAGUUUAGGUAUACCAGAAGAUGAGAUUAAAGAAUUUGCAAAUGAAAGCUACUGGCUUGAGUAUUUCCCACCUCGGGCUGUCACUGAUUUGAAAAGAAUGGGCAUUCAUGUUGAUUGGAGGAGAAAAUUCAUUACUACAGAUGCUAAUCCAUUCUAUGAUUCAUUUGUAAGGUGGCAAUUUUGGCUUCUUAAAGAACGUAAGAAGAUAAUGUAUGGUAAACGGUACACAAUAUUCUCACCAUUGGAUAAGCAACCUUGUAUGGAUCAUGAUCGCAGCACCGGUGAGGGUGCGGGACCUCAAGAGUACACUCUGAUCAAACUUGAGAUUGUUAAACCUCUUCCAGAAGUAUUGAAGACAUUUGGAGAGAAAAGUGUGAGUUUUGUCGCCGCCACACUUAGACCAGAAACUAUGUAUGGACAAACUAACUGUUGGGUUCAUCCCGAUAUCAAGUAUAUAGCAUUUCAAACUGUAAACGAUGGUAUAUUUAUAUGCACAAGACGUGCGGCCAGAAAUAUGUCUUAUCAAGGUUUCACUGAAAAAGAUGGAGAAUUUCAGAUAGAAAUGGAGAUUUUAGGACAAGAUUUAUUAGGAAUCGCACUAAAAUCCCCAUUGACUUGCUAUCCAAAGAUAUAUUCACUACCAAUGUUAACUAUCAAAGAGGAUAAAGGUACUGGAAUUGUUACCAGUGUUCCGUCGGAUUCACCUGACGAUUAUGCCGCAUUAGUAGACCUUCAGAAGAAGCCAGCAUUCAGAGAGAAGUAUGGUAUUCAAGAUGAUAUGGUACUCCCAUACAAACCUGUACCGAUUCUUGAAAUUCCAGAGUAUGGUAAUUUGUCCGCUGUACACGUUUAUGAUAAAUUAAAAAUACAAAGUCAGAAUGACAAGGAAAAGUUGACACAAGCGAAAGAAAUGGUUUACUUAAAAGGUUUCUAUGAUGGAGUUCUUUUAGUUGGUGAAUAUAAAGGAAGUAAGAUUCAAGAUGUUAAAAAGAACUUACAAGCUAAAUUGAUAAAAGAAAAUGGCGCUGUAGUGUACUAUGAACCGGAGAAGACGAUCAUUUCAAGGUCUGGUGAUGAAUGCGUUGUAGCGCUCUGUAAUCAAUGGUAUCUUGUCUAUGGGGAGGAGAAAUGGAAGGCUCAAGCGGAGAAAGCUUUGGCAGCAAUGAACACUUACCAUGAUGAGGUCAGAAAAAAUUUCCAAGCCACACUCAAUUGGCUCCAUGAAUAUGCAUGCUCUAGGACCUAUGGUUUGGGAACGAAAUUACCCUGGGAUCAGCAAUGGGUAAUAGAGUCUUUGUCAGAUUCAACAAUAUACAAUGCAUACUAUACCAUAUCUCAUUUCCUGCAAGGAGGUACCUUCAGUGGCACCGGUGAGAAUGCUCUUAAGAUUAAACCAGAAGACAUGACGCCUGAGGUCUGGGAUUAUAUAUUCUUCAAAGAUGCACCAGCACCACAGAAAUCUAAGAUACCUAAAGAUUCUUUAGAUCUCAUGAAGAAGUCCUUCCAGUUUUGGUAUCCUGUCGACCUUAGAGUGUCUGGCAAAGAUUUAAUACAAAAUCACUUAACUUAUUACAUCUACAACCACUGUGCAAUCUGGCCUAACGAGGAAGACAAAUGGCCUAAGGGUAUAAGAGCCAACGGUCACUUAAUGUUGAAUUCUGCAAAGAUGUCAAAGUCUGAAGGAAAUUUCUUGACAUUAUCUGAGUCUAUAGAGAAGUUCAGUGCGGAUGGGAUGAGGUUGACGUUAGCGGAUGCCGGAGAUUCUGUGGAGGAUGCCAACUUUGUGGAGAGUACUGCGGAUGCAGCUAUACUCAGGCUUUAUACGUUUAUCGAAUGGGUUAAAGAAGUUAUCGCUACUAAAUCGACGCUACGGACAGGGGCAUACAAUUUCCACGACAAAGUAUUUGUAAGUGAAAUGAACGCUAAGAUCAACGAAACAGACGAGAACUACAACAAGAUGUUAUUCAAGGAGGCUCUAAAGACUGGCUUCUUUGAGCUGCAAGCGGCGAGAGAUAAAUACAGGGAGUUGUGUUCUGACAGCCUGAUGCAUGGGGACGUGGUCACCCUGUAUAUAGAGGUGCAAGCGAAACUUAUGUCACCCAUAUGUCCACAUGUUGCAGAACAUGUCUGGAAACUACUUGGUAAUAAACAAAGUAUCCUCCACUCUCGUUGGCCAGUGGCCGGUGAGAUAGACGAGGUGGCGGUGAAGGCCAGUGAAUAUCUGAUGGAAGCUGCGCAUUCCUUCCGCAUCUAUUUGAAGAAUCAUUGCGCCGUCAAAAAGCCCAAGAAAGGAGAAGCUCCGAAACCCGAGAAGAAACCCAACAAGGCUGUGAUAUGGGUGGCUAAAGAAUAUCCUAAAUGGCAACACAUCAUAUUGAGCACUUUGAAAGAACUUAAUGGGCCAUCAGGUCUCCCGGACAACAAGAGCAUAUCGAGCAAGUUGUCAGAGAUCGCCGAACUCAAGAAGUACAUGAAGCGCGUGAUGCCGUUCGUGCAGGCCACCAGAGAGAAUGUAGAGCGUGUCGGUGUAGACGCAUUGUCUGUGGCGCUGCCCUUUGACGAGGCCGCCAUCUUGAAUGAUAAUAGACAAUAUUUACUCAGCACUUUGGAUUUAGACACGAUCGAAGUAAAAUACACGGACAGUGCGGACGCUCCUGAGAAGACGCGCGAGGACUGCGCCCCGGGCGCUCCCCACGUCACCUUCACCGCGGAGCCCGGCCUCGACGUCAGCUUCCUCAACCCCACGCCGAUGAACGGCCUCUUCACUGUCACCGUGUCUCUGGCAGACGGCGACACCAUAGACAAAGUCAAAAACAAGAUCGCCAAGGAGGUCAAACUCAUAAAAGAUAUCUCUGGUUUGAAGAUCUGGCGUUACAAAGAUCCUGUGUUAGGUCCGAGGAAGAUCCCCGUCGUUGGGGAACAUGAGAGCCGAUGUGUUGCUCUUGACAACGGCUCUUUACUGAAAGUUGAUAUCACUAACAAUAAAGUUGAACUCAUCAGUAACGGAACUAAUGUAAAUGUCGGCUUACAAAUGAUGUACACUUAUGAAAAGUGA